UGUUAAAAAAAAAAAAAAAGAACGAAAAUUCAGCAGGGAGUAAGAAGGUAAACAAACCCAGCCCUAGCCCGGACCUUCUUAGCUAAAGCUUUAGGCUUUCUCCUCGUCCACGUCCCAAAACCUCUGCUUUGCGGUUCCACUCUCAUCACUCGUCAGAAUUCAUAAGGUCGAAUUCAAUGGAAACGAGACCGGACCCAGAUAUCGAUGAUGACUUUAGCGAGCUAUACAAGGAGUACACUGGCCCUCCUGGGUCAAAUGCCACAAACACACAAGAUAGGGCAAAACCAAACAAAAGGUCUCUUGCCGGGUCUGAUGAGGAAGAGGAAGCUCGUGACCCCAAUGCUGUCCCAACUGAUUUUACCAGCCGAGAAGCUAAGAUGUGGGAGGCCAAGUCAAAAGCUACUGAGAGGAAUUGGAAGAAGAGGAAGGAAGAGGAAAUGAUUUGCAAAAUCUGCGGGGAACCAGGUCACUUUACUCAGGGUUGCCCAUCUACCCUUGGUGCAAGUCGCAAGUCUCAAGAUUUCUUUGAAAGGGUUCCUGCUAGAGAAAAGCAUGUAAGGUCCCUUUUCACUGAGAAAGUGAUAAACAGGAUUGAAAUGGAUAUUGGAUGCUAUGUUAAGAUGGACGAGAAAUUUAUCAUUGUCAGUGGCAAGGAUAGGUUAGUAUUAAGAAAGGGUGUGGAUGCUGUGCAUAAGGUGAUUAAAGAGGAAGGCGAACAAAGGGAUGGUUCUGGUUCUCAAGUGACUAGAUCAAGGUCACCUGAACGAAGCCCUGUUGGUGCACGGUUACAACGUUCUGAAUCCCAGAGGUCUCAUUCUGGUCCCCGGAACGGGUCGCAUUUUCAACAAAGGUUUCACAGGCAAGAUAAAUUUGUUGAACACCAAAUACGUCAUGAUAUGCAGAAAUUUUCCAGGGGUCCUCCACAAGCUUAUGGUAAUAACGGAGCUAGAGGUCGGCCAAGUCGUUCAAAUUCUCCAGCUCGUGCCCCUUACAUGGGAAACUCAUAUAAUUCAUAUGAUGGUCAUAAUCAAAGCAUGUCUGCUUAUAGAAAUGAUGGAUGGAAUUCUGAUAAAAAAGGAUCUGAUAUGCAAUCUGGUCGUCAGUUUGAUUACUCUGCCAUCCCCCAGACAUUGGAAGAAGUAGAAUUGGAGUACAAACGAGAGGCAAUGGAACUUGGAAGAAUUCGUGACAAGGAAGAAGAUGAAGAAAAUUGCAGACAUCGUGAGGCGAUUAGGGAAAUAAGAGAGAACCACAUGAAGAAACUGGCCCCCCUGAGGGGCAUGCAUGCAAAGCAGUGGGAGGACUUUCUUCAACUUGAUGCCCAGAGGCGUCAACAACAGGCUAAUCAGCAGAUGUCGACUUUGGGUUUUGGUGGUUAUAAAUCACACAAUUAUUCUGAAUACGACAGCUCCUCGGCCAAUCCUCAGUAUGCCGGGGAAAGUUUAGCCAUGGAUUCAAGGAGCAGGUACCCCAAUCCCAACCCUAUGGAAACCUAUCCUUCAAGGCCUCGUGACAAUUUUGGUGAGUUUCAGCGUCAGAGGCACGAGGGUUAUGGGAGAGGUUACAAUCGAUACUGAAUGGGAAUCUGCAAUUACGUUGGGUCCAGGUCUGUCUGGGUCAAGUAGCAGUAUGCACAGGAGAGCACCAAAUCUAGGUAAGUAUGUUAUGAUUUUAAAACGAGGAGAGAAAUGGUGGGCAUUACGGUCUGCUGUUUUACAGUUUGGUGGCUCAGUUCAGUUUAGAGCUUCUUGUAAAGAUGUGAGCCAUGAUUUGCGUUGGCUGGUCUAGUGUUUGGAUAUUGAGAUUGUUUAUUGAAUUAUGGUUAAGUUGAUAGACUUUUCAUCUUAUUAGCACACG